ACACCGACUUCGAUCUCCUCUCUCAUUUCAAUAACGAGACACCUCAGCUUGUAUGCAACGAAAAUUCUAUGCAAACAAGCAAUGAGCGCCUAUCAUAUUCAUCAUUCUAUCCUUAUAGCCAUAGAUUUCUCUCGUUUUUCGGCGGCAUGAUAGAAUACACAACGAGUCUGGUGUGGCUCGUGUGGCCCGUGGGUUGAUGGACCGGAAGUACAGAGUGUGGAACAAUGAGAACUGAGGAUACCAAGAGUGACCAUACUUCGGGAUUGGUUUGUUAUCUCAAUGGCUGUAACGAAGGUAAAUUUGAAACGAGUUUUUUACAGGAGAACAAGAUAAAGAAUUGUAGGAAAACAACAUGUUCUUUUAAUGACUCGUGUCCAGAGGUUUCCUCAAGUAUGUGGGGUGGUUCGUCUUCUUUCAGCUAUGAAGAAAUACUUAAUUUGGAUAUUUUUGUUGGGAAAACAAAAACUGUACUGAAUUUGACGAUAACCAACAUCACAUUUUACAAACUGCACAUAGGACUGAGGUAUAUCAGCGUGAAGCCUCCAACGAAUGACAGGAUAUGCCAGACUGUUGAUCUGCGUAAUGAUACUUCGUCAAAAACCUUAUCGUGGUAUUCGCUAAUACAUCACGGAUUCGAUGCAAUCCUGCAACUUUUACUGGAAGGAAAGAGUACUAGUUAUUUUAAGAAGUAUGCUUUAAAAGCACCUCGACGACGUGCGUAUGAUGCUGAUGAAACUCCACAAUAUGACGAUAUAUUCACAUACGUGGACGUGAGCGUCUCAGACAAAGUCUUUUUAAACAUGAAACCACUACCUCUGGUCUUCAAUGUUUCCAUGUACAAUGUAUCAUUUUGCAAAUUUUCUAAUCAUAAUUGUAAACUUGACAAGCCUGAACAUGUUAAAGGACAAUUGACUUGGGAACAAAGUUUAUUUCCACAGGAAAAUUCAAAGUACUACUUCAAAGUAACACCAAUUUCCAAACUUGAUGGAAAAGUGCUACAAUGGACAAAAAGUGCUCAUUUUGUUAUGAAAAGUUCUCUCUGGACAGCGACAUACAUAGUGACUACUGUGGUUUUUUUAUUGAUUGGGAUGUUCUUUGUUUUACGCCGUGUUUACUUCUACUACCGAAACAAGAAAUUACCAAACAUACGUUCAAGAAAGCCACGUUGUCUGUUGAUAUAUGAUGGAACACACAAUGACCACAUUGAUGUUAUGAUUAAACUGGCAGAAUACCUUAUAUCCUGUGAUAUCGAUGCUAUAAUUGAUGUGCUGCAUGCCAUGAAGGAUGACCUCAAUCUCCAUAGUCCAACUCAAUGGUGCGACGAAGCACUUCACAUGUCUAACUGUGUUAUUGUGGCACAGUCCCCGCCACGUGAUAAUUCUGUGAGAGUUACUAGAACAAUAUAUAGAUUCCUAUAUGACCAUGCUCGCAGAUUAAUAGAGGAAGACUACCAUCAGAACCGCAGAAGAUAUUUCUUCAUCGAAUUUCAAUACUGUCAACAGACUGACAUACCUGUUGAAGCAGCGUCGUUCAAACGAUUCAAAAUGCCCACAGAUUUGGACAAACUCGUUGAUGAAGUACAUAAUGCGGAUUAUUCCACAGUAUAUACCGACCAUAAUGCCAGAGACUUUAUAAAUAGCAUAAAUUUGGCCACAAGAAGCAUUAUUAACCAGACACGUGAAAAACCAACAUCUUCUGAAAACAUCCCUAGUUGUCUGUCGAAAAACAAUCCGAGGUCCGAGGUUGAUUCAACGACAAUAGCUGGCAAUAAAAGUACUACUUUCAUGAACGGAAAAAGACGUGAUUUUGGAGAUCGAUCUUAUGCAACGUUACUGAGUUCUUUGGAUCUUCUAGAAGCAAAUGAAUAGUUUAACGAAGUACAUGUGCCACAUAAGAACGUGUUCAUGGAAUGCGAAUAACUAGUAUUUUUGUCCAACUCCACUUGAAGAAAGACUUCGUGCGUGAACCGACAAUUUUUUGAGUCUGCUUCAUAUGCAAGAAAGGCGCAUUUUCAAAGAGACUAGGACAGAAAAAUAUGUGCAUGAUGGGCGGGUGUUAAUUUUUUUUCUAUGAUUACCGCUCAAAGGAAUGCCCCAUAGACUCCUUCUCUUCACCGCUAAA